CAAACCUGCAGACCGUUCUCUCUCUCUCUCUCUCUCUCUCUCUCUAACGGUCACAAAGAGAAACAUUAUCACUGAUCAGCAGCGAUGGCGACAAACAUCGGAAUGAUGGACGGUGCAUACUUCGUCGGCCGAUCAGAAAUCUUAGCCUGGAUCAACUCCACUCUCCAACUCAAUCUCUCCAAAGUCGAAGAGGCGUGUUCGGGUGCGGUUCAUUGUCAGCUUAUGGAUGCUGCACAUCCUGGAAUGGUACCAAUGCACAAGGUCAAUUUCGACGCCAAGUCGGAGUAUGAUAUGAUCCAGAACUAUAAGGUUCUUCAGGAUGUUUUCAAUAAACUCAAAAUCACCAAGCACAUUGAGGUGAGCAAGCUAGUGAAAGGAAGACCACUAGACAAUCUUGAAUUCAUGCAAUGGAUGAAGAGAUACUGUGAUUCAGUUAGUGGAGGUGGUCAUCACAAUUACAAUCCAAUGGAAAGAAGAGAGGCUUGCAAAGGCGGGAAAGACGCGAGCAAGAAAUCCGCACCACCACAAUCCGCCAGGAGCUCUGCCACAACUGCACCUAAAUCUCACCCGUCACGAAGAAGCGAGGCUCCACCACCUGCCAAGACAGCUAAGCCGCCCUCUUCGACUGUAAACGUCUCUGCGUACGAUCAACAGAUCACGGAGUUGAAGCUAACUAUGGACAGUUUGGAAAAAGAGAGAGACUUUUACUUUGCAAAGUUGAGGGAUAUCGAAAUCUUGUGCCAAAUUCCGAAUAUCUCAAACUUGCCGGUGGUUGAUGCGAUACAAAGAAUCUUGUAUGCUGCUGAAGAGGAUGCAUCAAUAUUGGAAGAAGCUCAAGCAACACUGAUGAAAUCGGAUUCUCAGAAGAGGAAAAGUAUCGUAAAUGUUGAUGUUGAUGUGGCGGCAAGUGCUACUUUGUCACCAAGGCAAAGGGUGUCGGUUGAUUCGGAUGUACACUGCAGUGUGUCACCUCUUAUGACAUACUGAUGGUGAUAUGCUGCUAGUCAAUGAAUUGGAUGAACUGAGGAAAAAGAACAAUUUCCUUUGUACUUGAGUUAGAUUGUGUUUUGGUUCUUGAUAAUAAGAGAAGAGUGCAAUUUCAUAUUGAA